GUUCUGAGAUUAAAAGCUUGACAAAAUGAUCCCUCAGGACACCCUCCAACUGCUCUACAAAGCAUUAUUCCAGCAUCCUGAAACGCGUGCCGCAGUUUUAAACUCUCGACAAACGGGGUCAGCCCAAGAUCUCAACCAUUUUACCCUGCAACCAAGACAUACAGAGAAGCCACUUUUAGACUACAUCAAGAGAGCCCCACAAACAGAAGCUUUAUCAGCAAAAACCAGGCAUCUAUAACUCCCGUAGUAUCAGAGCACCGCCCUCAAGAAACGCUAUCACAUGAGGCCCCCCAAAACAUGACAUAACCGACCAACUGACUCUUUUUCUCUCAGCCUCUUUCCCCACCAAACCCCACACCCCAUUCUCAAUUCGCUCUCAAAAAAACUUUCUCUCUCUCUCUCUCGAGCACCAAACAAUGUCAGCAACACAAACAAUCACCGUUCCCCACCUCGGCGGCAUAACCGCCUCCUACCGCCUUUCCCCCUCCUUCUCCGCCAGCAAACCCACUCUCGUCCUCGUAAACUCGUUCCUCACCACCUCCGCCCUCUUCGACUCGUUCUUCAGCAACGAUGCGCUUACCAGCCGAAUGAACCUGCUAGCGAUCGAGCUGCUGGGACAUGGACAGACGAGAGCGCAUGAGGCGGAGCACUGGACGUAUUGGGAUACUGCGGUGAUGAAUUUGCAGGUUAUGGAGGGGUUGGGGGUGAAGAAGGCGUUUGUGAUGGGGACGAGUCAGGGAGGUUGGGUUACGGUUCGUAUGGCGCUUUUGGGGGGGAAGAGGAUCCAAGGUAUAAUCCCUCUCGGAACAUCACUCGACUACGAAUCCGAACGCAGUCGCCAACUUGGUUGCUGGCAGUCCUUGGAUGCCCUCGCCAACCUCAUCACGGGCGACUUCGGCACCAAGAACAACCAGCCCACUCCCGACUUUGUGCCUACCAAGGAAUUCGCCGAGUUCCUCAUUAGCCAAGGGUUUGGUCAGGAUUGCUCCGCGGAGGUCAAGGAAUUCUGGACGGAGCAGCUUCAGAAGAAUUAUACCGGUGAUGAGGGAAGGAAGAGGAUGAGGAUGGCGGCGAUUAAUUUGAGGGAUAGAGAUGGAUUGCAUUUGCGAGCUGAGGAUGUCGUUUGCCCGGUUUUGUGGCUGCAUGGAACAAACGACGUGGUAUACACCGUUGCGAACGCCCAAGAGGAAAUCAAGCUCUUCAAAAACUCGCCUGAUGCACGGCUCGAACUAAUCGAAGGCGGCGAGCACUUUUUGAAUUCCUCGAAUCCAAACGAGGUCAUGGAGCAUACAAUUGCUUUUGUUGAAAAGUACGCUAAGUAGUACAUCUCGCUUGACCAUUUUGUUUGUUAAAAAACACAAACCAAGAAUACGUAAAUUUCAGUUCGUGCGCUAUGAUACACCAAAUACCC